AAAACGAGGUUGAAUUAAGUUGAACCUGUUCGUGUUUUUUUUUCCUUUCUUUCGCGUAAAAAACCUAAUCAAAUUCUCCGAAUUGGAGUGAGUGAAAGACUGAGGGGAAAACAAUUCAUCUUCCCCGAUCCCAAUUCCCAUUCAACAAUUUCUCAUCUUUCCACUUUCUUUUCUCUUUCUCGUCUUUCUCUCAGAUGGGAUCUAUGAUUUUGUUCAUGAAUUCCAAUUCAGACGGGUUUCAAUGGGUUUCUGCAAAUUUUCAUAAAUAAAUAUAUUUUCUUGAUUUUUUUGUUUAUCACCGUGAAUGCUGUAAAUUUUGUAACCUUUUAUCUCUUGAUAGUUGUUGAUUCUGGGUUUGUUUUUUUUUGUUUGUUGUAAGUGUUUUAUAAUUUUCAAUGGCUAAUAACCCAACACAACCUAAUGUUGGGUUCAUCCCUUCAAACCCUGACAAGACUUCAAUUACCCCUCCUCCUCCUGGAUUUCCUCCACCGUUGUUACAUUUACAGAAAGAUCAAGGCUCUCUUAAUUCCUAUGCUGUAUCACCUGCCAAUGGUGCUGUUGCAACUGGAAGUUCGGUUCCUCACAUGAGUACUCCUCCUGGACCACCUGUUUUUACGUCGCCUGUUAGGCCGGCGGCUGUUCCGUUUCGAACAUCGCCUGCUUCGCCUCAGCCGCCUGCUGUUUCUUCUGGUUCUUCUUUGCCAACAUCAUCUCUGCCUCAUCACUCGAAUGGAUCGUUUGACUUGCAGCCCCAGGUUUCUGAUAGCAUUGGGGAUCAGGUUUCACUUGGGGAGCCAUCCUUUGUACUUUUUUCAGCUCAUAAGGUAUUGAAGCAGAAGAAACAGGCUAAUGUACCCAGUUUGGGUUUUGGGGCAUUGGUCUCUCCUGGGAGGGAGGUGUCGACAGGACCCCAGGUAAUACAGCGUGAUCCCCAUCGCUGUCAGAGCUGUGGGGCAUAUGCAAAUAUAUAUUGCAACAUAUUGCUUGGAUCAGGCCAGUGGCAGUGUGUUAUAUGUCGAAAACUGAAUGGGAGUGACGGUGAGUACAUUGCACAUAACAAGGAAGAUCUUCACAGAUUUCCAGAACUAGCUUCACCAAUGGUUGACUUUGUUCAAACUGGGACCAAGAGACCUGGUUUUGUUCCAGUUUCAGAUUCCAGAAUGUCUGCACCAGUAGUUCUUGUAAUAGAUGAAUGUUUAGAUGAACCUCACUUACACCAUCUUCAGAGCUCUUUGCAUGCAUUUGUUGAUUCUCUCCCUCCAACAACAAGAUUAGGAAUUAUACUAUAUGGCCGUACCGUAUCAGUGUACGACUUUUCAGAAGAGUCAGUUGCAUCUGCUGACGUGCUUCCCGGGGACAAGUCAGCAAGUCAGGAAUCUUUGAAAACUUUGAUUUAUGGUACCGGUAUAUAUUUGUCACCCAUGCAUGCUUCACUGGCUGUAGCACAUUCCGUGUUUUCAUCAUUGAGGCCAUAUAAGUUGAAUGUACCAGAAGCAUCCAGAGAUCGGUGCCUAGGAGCUGCAGUUGAGGUUGCUCUUGCUAUAAUUCAGGGCCCAUCUGCUGAUCUGUCCCGAGGGGUAGUCAAAAGGUCAGGGGGCAAUAGUAGAGUUAUUGUUUGUGCUGGUGGACCGAACACUUAUGGGCCUGGAUCUGUUCCUCAUUCUUUCAACCACCCUAAUUAUCCGUAUAUGGAAAAGACUGCAUUAAAAUGGAUGGAGAAUUUAGGUCGCGAGGCUCAUCGACACAAUAUAUUGGUUGAUAUUUUAUGUGCUGGAACGUGCCCAGUAAGAGUUCCUAUCUUACAUCCUCUUGCAAAAGCAUCAGGUGGAGUUUUGGUUCUUCAUGAUGAUUUUGGAGAAGCUUUUGGUGUUAAUUUACAAAGGGCAUCUGCCAGAUCAGCAGGCUCCCAUGGACUGUUAGAAUUGCGGACAUCAGAUGAUAUUCUCAUUACACAAGUUGUGGGUCCAGGGGAAGAAUCACACGUAGACACCCAUGAAACAUUUAAAAAUGACACCGCUCUUUAUAUUCAAAUGCUAAGUGUUGAAGAGACACAGAGCUUCUCUCUCUCUAUGGAAACCAAAGGAGAUAUCAAAAGUGAUUUUGUCUUUUUCCAGUUUGCUAUUCAGUAUUCAAAUGUGUAUCAGGCUGAUGUUUCAAGGGUUGUUACUGUUAGAUUGCCUACAGUAGAUAGUGUUUCGGGAUAUCUCGAGAGUGUUCAGGAUGAAGUUGCUGCAGUCCUCAUUGCAAAGAGAACUCUGUUGCGAGCGAAAAACCAAUCUGUUGCUGUUGAGAUGCGGAAAACAAUAGAUGAAAGAAUCAAGGAUAUUGGUCUAAAAUUUGGCACCCAAUUACCCAAAUCAAAACUCCAUUGCUUCCCAAAAGAGCUGUCUCUCUUACCGGAGCUCCUUUUCCAUCUCAGGAGAGGGCCACUAUUGGGAUGUAUUAUUGGCCAUGAAGAUGAGAGGUCUGUGCUGAGGAACCUGUUUCUAAAUGCAUCCUUUGAUCUAUCGCUCAGAAUGGUGGCUCCUCGUUGUCUAAUGCACAGGGAGGGGGGAACUUUUGAGGAGCUACCGGCUUAUGAUCUUGCUAUGCAGUCUGAUACUGCUGUUGUACUUGAUCAUGGCACUGAUGUCUUCAUUUGGCUGGGUGCUGAACUUGUAGCCGAUGAAGGAAAAAGUGCCGCUGCUUUGGCUGCAUGCAGGACAUUAGCCGAAGAGCUGACCGAAUUCCGGUUCCCAGCUCCUCGCAUCCUUGCAUUCAAGGAGGGUAGCUCGCAGGCUCGAUAUUUUGUCUCUCGUCUCAUACCAGCUCACAAGGAUCCACCUUAUGAGCAGGAGGCAAGGUUUCCACAACUUAGGACAUUAACAUCAGAACAGCGAACAAGGCUGAAAAGCAAUUUUGUUCACUUUGACGAUCCGAGUUUUUGUGAAUGGAUGCGAAGUUUGAAGGCCGUGCCACCACAACUGAGUUGAUAACGACCAGUAGUCUGCAUUCGGCGAUUUGGUGGUUUGAUUUAUAAAACCCUGAAGAGGUCUUGGUGAAGCCAAGUUUGUUUGCAUCUUAUUUGGAAUACAUAGCUAGAGUGAAAUCUUGCAGAUGUCCCAAAACUCUUUUGAUUCAGAGCCUCUUCCAUUCAUUUUGUUCACUUCUGAGAAACAUCCACAAAGGUGCAAGUUGCACUUAGAAAAAAAAAAGUCUUUUGUUUUUGGUUUUAUUAUUUGGGGAUGUCCCUUCGGCAGAAUUUUUCACAGUUUACAUGACCUCAGUUUGAUAUGUUACUACCAUAGAGCAAUAAAUGAUUUCCCUUUAUUUAUUUUUA